UGGUUGGAGGAUCGUGCCACGUUCCAUGACUCCUUUUUACUCGAGCGGAAGGGUCCUGUGGAUCCAAGACGAACAAGAAUCACCAUAUCGUGAGGGGGAGGGCAAAUAGAGUGGGGAGCACGUAAGAAUUAUCCCUGAAGAGUCGAAACGGAGAAGAAUGGGGAAAAGAGAAGACACCAAGAAGAGGAUGGGCACCAAGUUGGUCGGUUGGUCUUGCCGACCCCCACCCUGUAUAUAAGCCUUCUUCUGCUGGCUACGUCUUCAGUCUUUCAGUUCGAACGGCACACUGCGUGUACAAUACGAAGAGAUCAUCAUCUGUACGAGACUGAGAUCGUCGUGACGAUGCCUUGCUAAACGGAAGCUAUCGGUGCGUCAGGAUGCUCGGCCGUGUGCGCGCCGCUUUCUUCAGCCUGGUGAUUGCCACAUCUCUGUUGCAAUACACACAGCAACAAGGAAGCAGGCAAGGUAGAGAAGUAAUAUUGAACAUCAGCGACGAGCAGAAAAUUCAAUACCUAAAUCAAGAUUUCUAUUCGAAUGCAUAUAAUUAUGGCUAUGAAGUAAGUCCCAACGGGCAAUUUCAUCACGAGGUACGCGGUCCAGACGACAUCACGUAUGGAUGCUAUGGAUAUAUUGAUCCAUUUGGAAAGCUAAAAACAACGUUUUACAUCAGCGAUGGUUGGGGAUAUCGAGUUGUUCAACCAGGAAACUCGGUUGAAUUGUUCCUUCAUGAACACGAACAUCACCACGAAGAUGACACAGGACAACAUCAUCAGGAACAUGAUGAUCAUCACGAUCAUCAUGGAGUGAUUACAGAAUGGGCUAAUUUGUAUUUCCCAGAAAUAUGUAGACAAUUCGAUGGAACGGGUUCUGGAUCAACCGUCAUACCAAUACCAGGAUAUCCCGGAAUGCCGGAAACACCAUCACAACCAGGAUAUCCAGGCAAACCAGGAACUCCUGGCAUACCUGGCACACCUGGUACACCGGGAACACCAGGAUAUCCUGGAACACCACCACAACCUGGAUACCCAGGCACACCUGGAACUCCUGGUACACCGGGAACACCGGGAUAUCCAGGAACACCACCCCAACCCGACUACCCAGGCAAACCCGGAACACCUGGCACUCCUGGCACACCUGGAACGCCAGGACAGCCCGGGUAUCCUGGAACACCUCCACAACCUGGAUACCCAGGAACACCUGGAACUCCUGGUACACCGGGAUAUCCUGGAACACCACCCCAACCUGGAUACCCAGGCAAACCCGGAACACCUGGCACACCUGGUACACCUGGAACACCAGGACAACCCGGGUAUCCUGGAACACCUGGUGCACCAGGAACUCCUGGACAACCAGGCUACCCAGGAAAACCUCCACAACCUGGAAGUCCUGGCACACCUGGCACGCCUGGUACACCAGGAACGCCAGGACAACCCGGUUACCCCGGAAAACCGCCCCAACCUGGAUACCCAGGAACACCUGGCACACCUGGAACACCCGGAACUCCAGGACAACCCGGAUAUCCUGGAACACCACCUCAACCUGGAUACCCAGGUACGCCUGGCACUCCUGGCACACCUGGAACGCCAGGACAACCCAGCUACCCUGGAAAACCUCCACAACCUGGAUACCCAGGCACACCUGGAACACCUGGCACACCGGGAUAUCCUGGAACACCACCUCAACCAGGAUACCCAGGCAAACCCGGAACCCCUGGCACUCCUGGCACACCCGGAACGCCAGGACAACCCGGCUAUCCUGGAACACCACCCCAACCUGGAUACCCAAGUAAACCCGGAACACCUGGCACGCCUGGUACACCCGGAACGCCAGGACAACCUGGCUACCCCGGCAAACCGCCUCAACCUGGAAGUCCUGGCACACCAGGGACGCCCGGUACACCCGGAACACCGGGAACACCCGGAUAUCCAGGAACGCCACCUCAACCUGGAUACCCAGGCAAGCCCGGAACCCCUGGCACUCCUGGCACACCCGAAACGCCAGGACAACCCGGCUAUCCUGGAACACCUCCACAACAUGGGUACCCAGGCACACCUGGAACACCUGGCACACCGGGAUAUCCUGGAACACCACCUCAACCAGGAUACCCAGGCAAACCCGGAACACCUGGAACUCCUGGCACACCUGGAACGCCAGGACAACCGGGCUACCCUGGAACACCGCCACAACCUGGAUACCCAGGCACACCUGGAACACCUGGAACACCUGGAACGCCUGGUAAACCCGGAAAACCAGGACAACCCGGAUAUCCCGGAACACCACCACAACCUGGAUACCCAGGCACACCUGGAACACCUGGAACACCUGGAACGCCUGGUACACCCGGAAAACCAGGACAACCCGGAUAUCCUGGAACGCCACCACAACCUGGAUAUCCAGGCACACCUGGCACGCCCGGUACACCCGGAACGCCAGGACAACCCGGCUAUCCUGGAACACCACCACAACCUGGAUACCCUGGUAAGCCUGGUACACCUGGAACACCUGGCACACCGGGAUAUCCUGGAACACCACCUCAACCAGGAUACCCAGGCAAACCCGGGACACCUGGAACUCCUGGCAUUCCCGGAACGCCAGGACAACCUGGCUAUCCAGGAACACCACCUCAACCUGGAUACCCUGGUAAGCCUGGCACACCUGGUACACCCGGAACGCCAGGACAACCUGGCUAUCCCGGAACACCACCACAACCUGGAUACCCAGGCACACCUGGAACACCUGGCACACCGGGAUAUCCUGGAACACCACCUCAACCAGGAUACCCAGGCAAACCCGGAAUCCCUGGCACUCCUGGCACACCCGGAACGCCAGGGCAACCCGGCUAUCCUGGAACACCACCACAACCUGGAUACCCAGGCACACCUGGAACACCUGGCACACCGGGAUAUCCCGGGACACCACCACAACCUGGAUACCCAGGCACACCUGGAACACCUGGAACGCCUGGUACACCCGGAAAACCAGGACAACCCGGAUAUCCCGGAACACCACCUCAACCUGGAUACCCAGGCACACCUGGAACACCUGGAACGCCUGGUACACCCGGAAAACCAGGACAACCCGGAUAUCCCGGAACACCACCUCAACCUGGAUACCCAGGCACACCUGGAACACCUGGAACGCCUGGUACACCCGGAAAACCAGGACAACCCGGAUAUCCCGGAACACCACCUCAACCUGGAUACCCAGGCACACCUGGAACACCUGGAACGCCUGGUACACCCGGAAAACCAGGACAACCCGGAUAUCCCGGAACACCAUCACAACCUGGAUACCCAGGCACACCUGGAACACCGGGCACACCGGGAUAUCCUGGAAUACCUCCACAACCAGGAUACCCAGGCAAGCCCGGAACACCUGGCACUCCUGGCACACCUGGAACACCAGGGCAACCCGGCUAUCCUGGAACACCACCACAACCUGGAUACCCAGGCAUACCUGGAACACCUAGCACACCGGGAUAUCCUGGAACACCACCUCAACCAGGAUACCCAGGCAAACCCGGAACCCCUGGCACUCCUGGCACGCCCGGAACACCAGGGCAACCCGGCUAUCCUGGAACACCACCACAACCUGGAUACCCCGGCACACCUGGAACACCUGGCACACCGGGAUAUCCUGGAACACCACCUCAACCAGGAUACCCAGGCAAACCCGGAAUCCCUGGCACUCCUGGCACACCCGGAAAACCAGGACAACCCGGCUACCCUGGAACACCGCCACAACCUGGAUACCCAGGCACACCUGGAACACCUGGAACACCUGGAACACCUGGUAAACCCGGAAAACCAGGACAACCCGGAUAUCCCGGAACACCACCACAACCUGGAUACCCAGGCACACCUGGAACACCUGGAACACCUGGAACGCCUGGUACACCCGGAAAACCAGGACAACCCGGAUAUCCUGGAACGCCACCACAACCUGGAUAUCCAGGCACACCUGGCACGCCCGGUACACCCGGAACGCCAGGACAACCCGGCUAUCCUGGAACACCACCACAACCUGGAUACCCUGGUAAGCCUGGUACACCUGGAACACCUGGCACACCGGGAUAUCCUGGAACACCACCUCAACCAGGAUACCCAGGCAAACCCGGGACACCUGGAACUCCUGGCACUCCCGGAACGCCAGGACAACCUGGCUAUCCAGGAACACCACCUCAACCUGGAUACCCUGGUAAGCCUGGCACACCUGGUACACCCGGAACGCCAGGACAACCUGGCUAUCCCGGAACACCACCACAACCUGGAUACCCAGGCACACCUGGAACACCUGGCACACCGGGAUAUCCUGGAACACCACCUCAACCAGGAUACCCAGGCAAACCCGGAAUCCCUGGCACUCCUGGUACACCCGGAAAACCAGGACAACCCGGAUAUCCCGGAACACCACCUCAACCUGGAUACCCAGGCACACCUGGAACACCUGGAACGCCUGGUACACCCGGAAAACCAGGACAACCCGGAUAUCCCGGAACACCACCUCAACCUGGAUACCCAGGCACACCUGGAACACCUGGAACGCCUGGUACACCCGGAAAACCAGGACAACCCGGAUAUCCCGGAACACCACCUCAACCUGGAUACCCAGGCACACCUGGAACACCUGGAACGCCUGGUACACCCGGAAAACCAGGACAACCCGGAUAUCCCGGAACACCACCUCAACCUGGAUACCCAGGCACACCUGGAACACCUGGAACGCCUGGUACACCCGGAAAACCAGGACAACCCGGAUAUCCCGGAACACCACCACAACCUGGAUACCCAGGCACACCUGGGACACCUGGAACGCCUGGUACACCCGGAAAACCAGGACAACCCGGAUAUCCUGGAACGCCACCUCAACCUGGAUACCCAGGUAAACCUGGAACACCUGGCACUCCUGGCACACCGGGGACACCCGGAUAUCCUGGAACACCACCGCAUCCUGGAUACCCAGGUAAACCUGGAACGCCUGGCACUCCUGGCACACCUGGAACGCCAGGGCAACCCGGCUACCCUGGAACACCACCGCAGCCUGGAUACCCUGGUAAGCCUGGCACACCUGAAACGCCUGGUACACCUGGAACAACAGGACAACCAGGCUAUCCUGGAACUCCACCUCAACCUGGAUAUCCAGGCACACCUGGAGGUCCAGGAACCCCUGGUGCACCUGGUAGUCCAGGAGAACCCGGAUACCCCGGAACGCCAGGAAUACCGGGUGGCCCAGCGCCACCAGGAUAUCCUGGUGCACCAGGAAUACCUGGGAAACCUGGGAAACCUGGGAAACCUGGGAAACCCGGAAAACCUGGCGUCCCAGCAAUUCCAGGACAACCACCAUAUCCUGGUUCAUCCGAAACUCCAGAAACUCCCGACAAACCAUAUCCACCCCCAUAUCCACCAUCUCCUGAAUAUCCUGGCUCCCCUGGCAGUCCAGGCGUCCCCGGAUUGCCUGGAACACCCGGAAUACCCGGUAAACCUGGCAGACCUGGCAAACCUGGCAAACCUGGCAAACCGAGCAAACCUGGACAUCCAUCACAUCCUGGUUACCCUGGAAGUCCUGGUCAUCCUGGUUCUCCUGGUACGCCAGGACUACCUGGCACUCCCGGAACGCCAGGAACUCCACCAAUACCUCCACAACCAGGUUAUCCAGGUACCCCCGGUACGCCAGGAAUUCCUGGAACACCCGGAACUCCACCAAUACCUCCACAGCCAGGUUAUCCCGGUAUCCCUGGUACUCCAGGAAUUCCUGGAACACCCGGGACUCCACCAAUACCUCCACAGCCAGGUUAUCCCGGCAUCCCUGGUACGCCAGGAAUUCCUGGAACACCCGGGACUCCACCAAUACCUCCACAGCCAGGUUAUCCCGGUAUCCCCGGUACGCCAGGAAUUCCUGGAACACCCGGGACUCCACCAAUACCUCCACAGCCAGGUUAUCCCGGUAUCCCCGGUACGCCAGGAACUCCUGGAACACCCGGAACUCCACCAAUACCUCCACAGCCAGGUUAUCCCGGUAUCCCCGGUACGCCAGGAAUUCCUGGAACACCCGGGACUCCACCAAUACCUCCACAGCCAGGUUAUCCCGGUAUCCCCGGUACGCCAGGAACUCCUGGAAUACCAGGAAAACCUGGUAAACCUGGCAAGCCAGGCAGGCCAGGAAAGCCUGGGAUUCCUGGGGUUCCACCUGUCCCACCUCACCCUGGAUAUCCUGGCACGCCAGGCGUACCAGGCAUUCCUGGAACUCCUGGAACUCCUGGUUCUCCACCCAUUCCUCCGCAACCAGGAUACCCUGGAACACCGCCCUAUCCAGAGAUCCCUGGAAAGCCUGGGAAACCUGGACAUCCCGGAUCACCAACACCAGAUCAGCCUCCGUAUCCCCCAUAUCCAGGAUAUCCUCCCGGGCAUGAAGGCCCAAUUGGUGGUGUAGGUCCAGAUGGUCCCAAUGGUCCAUGGCCCAAUGGUCCGGAUGGUCCACAAGGACCAAGCGGUCCAGGUGGACCAGGCGGGCCGGGAGGCCCUGAAGGUGGAAUUGGAGGAGUAGGAGGUAUAGGUGGCGAUGGACCUCCUGGUCCAGAUGGUCCAUGGCCGACAGGUUCACCCGGUCCAGAUGGGCCAUGGCCUGGUGAUCCCGACUACGUGCCUGGAGCUCACGCAACAACUCGUCCACACUACGAAGGACCAAUUAAGAUUCAAUAUCCCAUCAAGUAUUACGAACCUACGACGCCAUCCUCUUACGUUUAUCCGUUGUAUGGACAGAAGCAAGUAGAACGGUUAACCUCUAACUCUAAGUUCGAAUUGAAAUAUUUCAAUAAUGAAACUUCGAAUGAAGGCUACGAAAAGAACGUCGAAUCUACAACGGUUACAUAUCCAAGCAAGAUAAGCGGUCCCAUAGGAGUGAAGGAUAGAUAUAUAGACUCCCAGUUUGGAAAUCGACCCCAGAGACCCGGUUAUCAGACAGGACAAGUAAACCAAAAUGCGGACGAAAUUAAUUCCUUGCUGCAAACGCAACGAAAGGAAUUGCGUAAAUACACAGAACAGGAAGACCGAAGUAACUACGAAGAUCUUAAGAAAAUUGUAUCGCAAACUCCUCAAACUGUUUACGACGGAGUGGGUCCUACCACUAUUGCGAAAUACUCCAGCCGAGAAAGAUUGCAACAGGGCUCUCGCGAGAAUCGUAAAUAUCCCCAACAAGUGACGAAAUUGAGCGAACCGAUGAUUCGAAUAGAAACGAGCCCCGAAGAAAAUACCGCCGCGCUUAUCAAACAGGUAAACCAAUUAUCCGAAAAAUCUAGCGAACCGAGCUUCGAGUUCGCUGCGAUCGGUGUUCAGCCACCGAAUCCGAUCAAUAUCAAGCCCUACGAGCAAUCUGUAGGGCCAGAUCCUGAAACCUGUCCCUGUUACCUUGUCGAGCCUGGAAACGAUACAGUCACAACCACGAGCACGACAUCCAUUCCUCUCAUUGGUCAGCUUGGCUUCAUUCCAGUAGUAUUUGUACCAUACUGUCCGGGCAACGACGAGACGGACAACGAAAACAUGAAAGACAUGUUCCCCUCUGCAAUGCCUGUCCCAUAUGCAUGCGACACGUGCGGCUUGCAAACCGGGAAAAUCGAAACGAAGCUUCUCAGCGUGAAUCAGCUUGGCAAUAUAGAGAAUCUUCGCGAGGCGUUGCGGCAAGCAAAACUUGGCUUUUUAAAUGUUUCAGCACGGCGUCGGACGGAAAGGAGGGGGGCGAAGAGUCGGCACGUCAAGUGAAGAGUGCGAUUGCGAUUCACGGAUUUUAGUUCGUCACUCGGCUACAGGAACAGCCGAGAGUUUCCGCGGGAACGGUUCGUAAAACGGAGAAUCACUGCCCGUCCGUCAGCUGCUGGACAGCU